UGUGUAUAGUGUCGCGACAUAAAAAAGUCAAAAAAAAAAGUUUGUGGUGUGAUGUAAGUACUUUCGUGUUAUCUCUUUCAUGCAUGUCCCGUUCUUUUUGUUGAAAUUUUAAUUUUUAAUUCACCAUACUACUAUACUAGCUUUCAUUUGCCACAGAAGCAAGUUAAGUGUUACCGGUGAUAGUUCCAAUUUGUAGUUGAAGAUAUAUAUAUAAAUUAUAAUUAUCAGAUAAAGUUUUUGUAUUGUGAGGAAACUUUUCAAAGUUUAGAGAGAAUAUUGGAUAUAUGAUGCAUAGUUUUCAUAUAAAUCAGCUAUUAUAAAAAAAAUUAAGUUUAUCUUGGAAAACGUGGUGAAAACCGAAAAUUUAACAUUUCAACAAAGAGGUACGCAAAGUACAGUUCAAAAAAAAAAAAUCAUUUACAGAUUCCCGAUAAAUAGGCGAAUAAUUCUCUUGCAUUUUUUUAAUAUUUGCAUAUAAAACGUUUUAUAAUUACAACGAAAUGGAUUCUGAGAAAAAAAUAAAGUCCAAAGGGGAAGUACAGGCUGUUGCAGUUGUAACUAAAGACACACUACGUGAAGAUAUGUGGAAAAAAUUUGCAGAUCUAAAUUAUUACAAGACAUGCAUGUUGCAGAAUAAGACCAUACCACAUUUUGUGAACAAUGACGUGGCUGCAAAUCUGCUAGCUAAUACGCCCGAAUUCGAGAAGGCAAAACAUAUUAAAGUGAAUAUGGAUAGUGCUCUGCGUCCUGUUACGAUGAAAGUCUUAUUUUCUAAUAAGAAUUUAUAUUUGCCCGCAACUCGUCAAUCUAAUGCCCUUGUUUUCAAGGUAGAUAUGGCCGAUACUGCGAAAAAAGAUAAAAAGAACUUUCUACGUGCCAAGUAUCUUAAAAAUUAUCGUACGGAAGUUUUUUCUGAACAACAUAUUAAACUUGAUAUGGUUAUUAUUGGUGCUUUAGUGGUAUCACGUGACGGCUAUCAUAUUGGGCGUGGCUCAGGCUUUCAUGAUUUGGAACUAGGUAUGCUUUUUGAGAUUGGAGCUAUUACACCAAAAACCGAAGUGGUGACUGUUGUGCACGAUAUUCAAGUAGUAAAAAGUUUACCACAUCAUUUGUUUCAAAAAUAUGAUGUUCCAGUUGAUAUAAUUAUCACAAACACAAAAGUUAUACGUAUACGUAAGCCGCUGCCACGCCCUAUUGGUAUAUAUUGGGAUUUGCUGACACAAUCUUGUGUAGAUAAUAAUCUCAAACUAAAGGCUAUAUAUGACCAGUUAGUUAAAAAUGGAUUUGAAAUUUCUCUUAAAUCCGAGGAUGUAAAAGCUAUAUCUGAAGCAGAGGAAGAGAAGAGCGGAUUUGAAAUAAGUGAUAAGCAAAGUGAUGAUACUGUUAAUACAGGUGAACAUGUAACAAGUACUAAUACUGCAAACAAUGACACUGUGUCCACUGAUUUCGUAAGUACUAUUACUACGAGUGCAUACGUUGCAAGUACUAAAACUGCAAACAACAAUACAAUGUGUACUAAUUUCACAAAUGCUAAUACCGCAAGUGCACGUGCUGCAAGUACUAACAUUGCAAACAAAAAUGCUGUGUAUACUAAAUUGGCAAGUACUAAUACUGCAGGUACUAAUGUUGCAAAUACUAAUACUAUAAAUAGAAAUAUUGUGUAUACUAAAUUGGCAAGUGCUAAUAUUAUAGGUACUAAUGUUGCAAGUACUUAUAUUGCAAACGAAAAUGCUGUGCAUACUAAAUUGGCAAAUACUAAUGUUGCAAGUACUAAUCCUGCAAAUGCUGUGCAUACUAAAUUUGCAAGUCCACAUGUUUCACGUGCUAAUACCGCAAACAGAAAUGCUGUGUAUACUAAAUUGGCAAAUACUAAUACUGCAGGCACUAAUGUCGCAAGUACUUAUACUGCAAAUAGAAAUGCUGUGUGUACUAAAUUCUCAGGUCCCAAUAUUGCAAGUGCUAAUAUCGCAAACAAAAAUGCCUUGUGUACUAAAUUCGCAGGUGCUGAUUCCAAGAAUCCACAUGUUCCAAAUGCUAAUGCUGUGCGUACUAAAUUCACAAGUACUAAUACCGUACGCCCACAUGUUGCCAAUGCUAAUACUUCAAACAGAAAUGUUGUGUAUGCUAAAUUUGCACGUACUAAUGCUCCAAAUACUAACGUCGCAAGUAUUUAUACUGCAAACAGAAAUGCUGUGUGUACUAAAUUUGUAAGUACUAAUACUACAAGUGUUAAUACUGCAAACAAAAAUGUUGCUAGUACUAACACUACAAGUAUUAAUGUCGCAAGUACUAAUACUGUUUGUACUAAAUUCGCAAAUGGUAAUAUUGUAAGUACUAAUACUGCAAACAAAAAUGCUGUGUAUACUAAAUUCACAAGUACUACUACUAAAUUUGCGAACAGUGCACCUAAGACUAGAUAUCGUUCCACUGGUGACAUUUGCGUCGAAUUAAUUAACAUUGGUAGUAAUCUGUGUAAUCGUUAUCUUAAGGAAGAAUUAAUUAAACGUGGAAUAUGUCCCGCUUCCAUAGUUUGGAAAGCUCACAAAACUGGAUGUUUUCUACAUUUCUGCAAAUCAGACGGGCCUUGCACUCAAGAUGACAUUGAUAAGAUCCUUAAAGUAUUAGAAGACCUUUCAUUGGCGGUUAAUGUUAAUGGUGUAAUAAAAAACUGUAAAGUUGCUCCUAAGAAACGUCGUUACAAUACUAAGAAGUAUACAAAAUAAAAAAACAUAUCU